GUUAUUGUGCGAUAAUUGCUUAGUAUUGUGCGAUUGGCCUUAAAAAGCGAUUCGGUCAACAAACUGCGCACAUGCUGCACACAAUAAACGAUAUAUCUGCACAUAUCGUAAACACUUCUUUUUCUGCACCUGCAGCGCAAAGGAUAACGGUGAAUAGGAAUCCCAGUCUUUUUCCUUUUUGACACCGCCGGGCUACUGUACUCUUUUGAGACAAUCGCUGGUAGCAAACCAACGAUAACCCACAGCCCCUUUGCGAACAGGUGAAAGUAUCCUCAGGCAGUUUUCGUGUGAGUAAUCCUUCUUUAACACAAGUCAGUGAGCGCAUUAAAAAAAGGAGAUCAACUUUGCCUUCUCGCGAUGGCAUCGUCUGCAAUGAUCACAGUCCCCACUACAGCAUCCCGCUUUGCCCUGCUACAGAUAGAUUCAGAUUCGGAUUCCGACACCUCCGAGUCGGGGAAGGCUACCACCAAAACUGGACGGGACUCCUCUGGGAAGCCCCGACAAGGAAAAGCAGGUGCAGCCGGAGGGAAAGCUGCUCAGGGCAAUGACAAGAAGAAAGACAAGAAGAAGAAGAAGAAAGAGCAGCAGCAGAGUGAGGCAAAUGAGUUGCGUAAUCUGGCCUUCAAAAAGAUUCCUCAGAAAUCUUCUGCCCCUCCUCCCUGUAUGACGCUGUCAGGAAUAGCCAGUGAACUUCUCAAUCCUACGUCGGUGGACCAUGAUACACCGUCGGAGGGUUGGCAGCAGUGGAAGCGGAGAGACGAGCAGAUAACCACAGAAUUAUAUGAAGCAGACUUGGAAAAGGCCUUGAUUUUAAGUAAACUGGAGUAUGAACAACAGAAGCAGAGCAACACAAACACGUCCUCGCCAAAGUCACGGGCAGGAAAAGAAGGUGGAGGCAAGAAGGACAAAAAGAAGAAUCAGCAGGCAAAAGACAAAAAGACAGUUUCUCUGCAAGACUUCCAGGCUGAAAGCAGUGCAGAGAAUUUAAGUAGAAAACAAGAGAAAGAGGACUCCAGAACGGCUAAUUUAGCAUUGGGAGUUGGGCAGGACGAACGUUUUUUUAAUAAGUUGGAAGAUGAUGUCAGUCGGAUAAUCCAACGGGAGAAAAGACGCGAGCAGUAUACAAACAGCCAGGGACAAGAAGUCAGCACGUCAACAGAACAUGAACCAGACCCCAGAGCGGAGCAGCUGAAGUAUGAGCUGGAGAAGAAAGACCAGGAAAUUGAUAAGCUGAAAAAAAACAUUUCACAGUGGGAGGUAAAAUACAAAGAGGUGAAAGCAAGAAAUGCUCAGCUGCUGAAGAUGCUGCAGCAGGGAGAGAUGAAAGACAAAGCAGAAAUUCUUCUACAGGUAGAGGAGCUACUGCAUAUUAAAGAAGAGCUGUCUUCACAGGUAACAUUAUUACACGCUGCCCUCGAACAAGAGAGAUCUAAAGUAAAAGGACUGCAGUCAGAACAACCAAAGCACCAGAAACUGUGGAAACCUAACAGAGAAACUUCAGCCUGUAAGGCAGGUAAAGUCAGAAAGUGUCAGCGUAAGUAAGCCAAAGGACAGAAACAUAAAGAGUUUACUCGGCCCAGUCAGGGGAAAGGGAAACAAGAAAGGGAAGAAAGGCUCAGAGGCAGAUCUAUGAAGGUUUCAGAAGGAAAAUGCCUGAAAACAAAAUGAAAUAAACAAAUGAAGAAACCCCUGAAGAAUAUUC